CAGCAAUUAUUGAUGGGUCUUCUCCUUUAUUUGAAGGUUCAACUACUGGCUGGAAAACAAAGUAUCCAGAGAAAAUAUCUGCUACUUACAAUAUUUUCAAAGUGUUUGAUCUGUAUACGUGGAUUGCAAUUCUUGUAAGUUUAACCUUGGCCAGUCUGGUUGUGUUAGUUGUUUCUGAUAUUUUAAAAAGUCUUGGUUUUAAGCAGCCAGACCGAAUAAUAGUUGUUCUGAUGCCCUUUUCAUUGCUGAAUGCUGAAGCCAUGCCCGACUGGUUCCUUUUUACGCAAAAAAGAGUAUACUCUGGAAGUAUAAUGCUGAUGACCUGGGCAUUUGCCUCUACAAUUAUAUCUCUGGGAUUUAACAGCACACUCAGAGCAAUAUUACUAUCUCCAUCUUGGGAAACCUUUAUGGACUCAUCAGCUCAAAUUGCAGAGAGAGAAAUGACCCUUAUUUGGGACCCAGAGUAUAAUGUCAAUUAUGAUUUUAUGAUGGCAUCUCCUAAUCCUGACAUUAUGAAAAUUAUGAACACUGCAAUUUUUGUAAACUCUACGGAAGAUUUACUCGAGAUAAUUUCAGAAAAAGGUUUUGAAAAUCUAGUUUUCUUUGUGGAAGUAAGUUGUAUAAUUGUAACAACUAAUGCUUCUCAAAAACGUAUAUCUAAUUCACACUGACUUCAGACACAACUUUAUCUUUGUGUGUUUCUAACAAAUUAAAAACACACAAACAUCAAUUAAAAUUGCAAACCAUUACCCGUAAGGAACCUUUGAUCCUGUAAAGGGGUUGUAAAACGACUCGCACGACAGAAUAACGAACGCCAACCAGACCUUGUAUCUCUACUUAAGAGUCAAGUGGUUUUUAGACUGUUACAACCAUGAAUCCGUCCCUGUUCAAUUCGCUUGGUAUCAUGUUACACAUGUGAAAGUUCCGAGCAGGGGGUCUCUUAUGUUCGUCCGUAUUUAUUAUCGUGAGUAUGUUUGGCUGUUAUCCACCCCCCACCCCACCCGUUGGCUCAGGACGUCAUCUUGGUAUGUCUUUUCAGGACAUCUAGACCCUGUCGUGUAUUUAAAAAACGGUUAUGUAUU